AGGUCCAGAGAGAUGACGGGGAAGUAAAGCUGAUCGAAGAGACAUGUCAUCGCAGCCCGAGCCUGAGUUGACCAGCCGCCAGUAUCAACGCAAGGUGGCCGCUGAAUUCACCGGCUCCCUCCUGUUUCAGUUCCUUGCCGGAGUUGCCGCCUUGUCCAGCGUCAAAUAUGGCCUAGCUGCUGCUGCGCUUGGUAUUGGCUUCAGCUACAUGGUCAUAUCGUUUGCGCUGCGCGGCAUCAGUGUUGGGCAUCUGAACCCCGCUGUGACUGUUUCCCUCCUCGUUACACAACCCAAGGGGUACAACAUUGACUGGGUUCUGUGCUGCAUGUACAUCACAGCACAGAUCAUCGGCUCCAUCAUCGGCAUGUUCAUGGUGGUUUUCCUCAUCCCGAUGGACACCCCGCCCUGCAACAAUCCUGACGGCUGCAACCCUGUCGAUCCUCUUGUCUACUACAGCCUCUUCAUGGCUCGUGGGACCCUGACUGGCUCGCACGGCCUCUCUGUGUUCCUCAUGGAGUUCUUCUGUACCUCGGCUCUGGUCUGGGUGUUCUACGGAACUUCUGUUGAUCCCCAUGGCAAGGCGCACAACCUAGCUCCUCUUGCAAUCGGUUUUGCCAUGAUAGUCGGUGUCUUUGCAGAAGGACCUGGGACUGGAGCGAGCAUGAGCCCAGCGAGAUCUUUGGCUCCUGCCGUUGUUAAGGGGAGCUAUGAGUAUCUCUUUGCUCCCUUGGCGGCCACCCUGCUAGCUGGCAUCGUGACGGGGUUGGUGUACAAUUAUUUAUUCUUAUUCGACGAGCACGUUCCCGAUCUAUACCACAUCACUGCUGCGCCAGGACAGCACGAUGCCGAGGGCUAUCAGAGCAAAAUCAAGGGCGGUGACGGCUACUCAAGACUGUAGCUCCUCAACUUGCCUUCUCGCCACAUGCAUGAACAAACUUCUCUCACACACUCAGUGUAAACCUUAAACAUGGUACGUAAAAUCACAAAACCGCGUCCAUCGUUGCAGUGGCAAGCACAGUUAGAACUUGUCCUCUUUCGAUCGCUCUUCAAGCAUUUUCCGUUUCCUCUCAGCAUCGGCUUCAUAUGGCGACGGAAUUUCCGAGAACCCGCGAGUAUCGUGUUCUAACUGCAUGUACAACAUCGCAGCGAUGGGAACAAAACCAGCUAAG